AUGAUAACUGAUAAGGAUUUGUGCGCUGAUUUUAAAAACCAUCAUCGUAAAAGAAUAGCUCCUAAACGAUAUGAUUAUAAUGCCACAACCCAAGCUGAAUUCACAAUGCAUCUAUUUUAUAGAAAAGAAUUUAAAAUGGUUCUAGAUACCCUAUUAAAACUAACAAAUGAUAAUUUAAAAUCAUAUUAUGAUUUAGUUCAAACAGAAUUAGAAAUAUUAUUUAGUAUGUUACAAGAAGAUAGAACAUUACCAUUUAAUUCUUUAAUGGAAAAAGCAGAAGUAAAGCAUAUUUUACCAUGUGCUAAUCAAAUUUGUCGUUUAGCAUUGAUUUCUCUUGUAACAGUCGCAUCAAACGAAAGAUCUUUUAGUAAACUAAAAUUGAUUAAAACACAUCUUAGGUCAACAAUUACUGAUGAGAGAUUAAACUCUUUAAUUGUAUUGGGAGUAUAA